AUGUUCUGCUCCAGCUUAUUGAAGGACAGCUUAGACAUCAGUUCUUGUGGAGCUACCUUUGGGAACUCAUCAUAUGAAAUUACCAGUGGAUCUCCUGCUAGAUCAGCAAUUCCCUAUGUAGAUGUUGGAAUUCCACAGUCUGUGAAUGAAAAUCAACCUAUUUGGAAACAAUCAGCAAUUGGUACAGUGUCACCGCAGCAUAAUCAGUCCCAUAGUAAUUUAUCACAACCACACUGUGGAUCUUUACGGGUUUCGGGGAGUCCGGGUGUUCAAGAAAAUCUUUCUCUUUUGGAUUUGGCCCUCAGUCCAAUUGUGAAUUCUGGACUUGGCUCUGUGCUACCACCUUUUGGUAGCGGAGAGGCUCCUGGACAGAGUUCAGGGAACAUGCGUCGUUCUGUCACUUGGUCUUCUCCAUUUUUAACAUCAGGGACAUCCCCACGAUACCAAUAUCAGGCUGCUUAUAUUCAACCUACUAAUCCUUGCCAGCAAUACUUGAAUGAUUCACAAAAAUCUUUAUCUGGACCAGCCUUUAUUCCAAACAGUAUAACUCCCGAUUCUGGGAAAAGUGAUCGUGAAAUUAACGAACGUUCUGAAGAUGAAUAUUGGAUUGAAAAUCAAGUUAGUAAAAGCGAUUUAGAUCGUUGGACUCUAAAUCUUCGAAAGUGGCUUCAUGGUACAAUUAUUCGACGUAUUGUCAAUGAAAUCGACACAAUUAAUCGAAAUCUUGAAGAAGCUGGUGGCGAUAAAACUCUUAUUGGAUCCACUAGUUUAGCUACCCUUCAACAAUUCUCUUCACUUAAAUAUCAAUAUUUACCAACACUUCCAGUAUUGUUGGCAUUUUUAGAUUUUAUGAAAGAUCAAGGAUAUUUGGUUAAUCGAUUACAUGAAUUGGCUAGAGAAAGUUGUCUUCAAGAGUUUCGUUGGGAUUCUGGAUCAAAAAGUACUGAAUGGCCAUGGAAAGAACAUUUACCAUCAGAUAGUAUUAUUCUGUUACAUUUGUUUGCUACUUAUAUGGAUACACGUAUGCCACCGCAUCCAAAAUGUUUAUCUGGUCGUGUGUUUAGUCAAUUGAAUGUUGUUCGACUUCCAGAUAAGCCUGAUUUGAAAAGUAAACAUAAUUGUCAAUUUUAUCAAGUUGCUGUACAACCACCUCAAUUUAAAUUAGUAUUAAAUGGAAGAAUAUACAAUUUUAUAUCAGGUCAGAAAAAUAUCUAUCAUGCUAUUUUAUUAUUCUUUCAUUAUUAUGUAACAAGGAAUGGAAAGUUCAGAUCUAUAUCACUUGGUCCAUCAGGUUUAAAUGUUGCAUGGAUAUUUUCUAAAAAUUGA